GAAGACAGCUAAACUCGGUCAGUGUGUGACGUGUAGGACCUCCUCUUCCGACACACAGCAGCAGUAAUGGCGGAAUACGACUAUGAAGACCGGGACCGGGCCUACGGCAGCUUCGGCGGCGGCAGAGGGUGAGUCUCCGCUUCGCACGGCUGUUAUGUGGUGUGUCUCAAAUACAAACCCCGGCUGGACUGUCGCCGUGUUCCACGCCGCUGGCCGCUCUGAGCCGCGGUGCUGGCGACCAGGCCCCGGAGCUCGUCCUGCUCGGUGCUUGCCUAGCUGAUGGGGCAGGAGCGAGAGGUGGAGCGGUUACAGCGGCUGGGAAACACCGCGGUCCCCGAGCAGACAUGCUAAGUAUUAGCAUGGUGCUAACGGCAGUAAUGGACCCAUGUGGCGGGUGUCACAUAGGUGUUUGGUAGCAAAAUAACCUUUGUAUGUACGGUGUUGGUGGUGCGCCAGUCGUCCCGCUGACGGGUAGGAUGCAGCGGAACUGGAGGCCGCAGCAGGUGGAGGUGGUGGCGGUGCUGCGGCUGCAGACUGCCCGCAUGGCUGCAUCAUGUGUCUGCAGAUUCAUAUUCAUCCUCACAGCUCCCUUGUAUGUGACUGGAUAUCGAUCUGCAGUAUUGUUUAUUGAUUGGGUGUGAUUUCUAUGGUUGUCGGCAGGUUUUCUGCGCUGGUGUUGAUUUGUUUUUGAGCUGGGGUUUGAUGAAUCUAAAAAUGUGUUCAUCGGUUUUUCCAGGAUGUCUGCAGCUCUUGAUGGAAGUAUGAAAGCUUCAGAUUGAUUCAUUUUUUUUCGACAGGAACAGAGACAGACGAGAGGUUAAAUAUCUAUAUCCACAAGCCAAAAGUCAUCCCAGGACACUGUACCUAAAUCUGUUAUGUCCACACAGUUGACAUUGAUCCACCCUGAGCAGUUAGAGUGGUCUGAUUGUGUCAAAAUCUUACUGGCAAACGUUUUUCAUAAAUAAUAAAACCACAAUUACAAGACAGGAUUCCUAACUUAUUUUAUUUAUGCAUCACAUGUAUAGAGAUGCACGUUGUUGUUGAGUAUCAGCCACUGAUAUCCUGAAAUGUUUAUAAUUGGUAUCAGCAGGUGUUAACAUCUCAGCUUAUAUUACACAUGUUAUUGUUCAUAAAGGCUUACAAACCCCAACAACAAUUCUCAAUAUGUGGGGAAGUAUUAUGAAGUGACAACGCAUGUUGUUAAAGAAGCUUGCAAAACAUCUGAAACUCAGUGUAACUGCAUCUGAAGCAUCUCCACUAUAAGUUUUUGAAAAGCAAGAUUUGCACCAGUGAAAAGGCCAGCAGCCUCGUCAGUAAUUCAGCUAAGCUUAGAGGGGGGACUGUAUUUCUGAGCAUCUCUGCCUGAAAAAAGUUUAGCAACACAGAAUCAUAAAUCUACAAGUAGAACAAGAGGAAGAUGUGACUUUAGUGUAAGAGAGGCUUGGUGUUCUAAAAAACUGUGUAUGCAUUAAGUAUUUGUUUCAGCAACAAUGAAUACUAAGCAGAUAGUUUUUGGACAUAAAUGUUCUUGUUUAUCUUGAGCGUCUAUAAUAAAGCUGAAAUUAUCUUCGAAUAAACAGUUAUUCAAUUUAGGGGCCUUGGGACAAAUGAUUCAUCUCCAGCCUUUGUUUACAUUUAGACUAUACAGCUUUAGUGUUUCACAGCCUGUACUGAGUAGAAUAACUAUUGGACAGUAAGCAAUAACAUAAGCUCUGAAUAGCCUUAAAUGUAACCUUUUUCCCCAGCAAAAACAAACCAUAAUCAUCACAAACAAAUUGAAUUUACAUUUCUAGAGUAAUCUGUUUAUUUCUAGGAUUGUGCACUGAGAGACGUCAGUGCUGACUGGCUGCCCUGGGAUGGAGAGGGAAAAGAGACCACUUUUCCUAUAAUCAUUUCUAUUAUCAUUUCAUGACUUUCUAUUUCUAUAGAGCUGAGGAGCUGUCUGAACAUUACAGUGUAGGUUUUAUUUGUUAAAAUGCACAUACCAUACUGUAAAUAUCCUGUGAGUCAUUAUAACCUUAUUUUUUAUUGUUAUUUCCACAUUUAUUUCCAUCUACAAAGCAGCCCGAGCAGCAGAGUCCUCUCUGUCUCAGUGUGGAGACUCAUAAACUGGGGUGGCACAACUGAGGUGGCCAGGGUAUCUGCACAUACAAAUUAUUAGCAUUCACCGUCUCUGUGAACGACUAUCACUUGGGUGACAUGGAGAUAUUACAUUACUGUGUGUAAUUGGAGGUUAAUAAUAUAGUACAGGUCAAUGUUUGCUAGCCAGUCUAAUAAUCUUAAAGUAAAUUUUUUUUGGUCUUGUUAUAAGACCAGCUAUUUUUAUCACAAGGACAUUAGCAUUGUUACAGCAGUGAUGACAGAAACAAUCUCAUUGGAUCACUCGAUGAAUCACUACAAUAAUCAAUAGAAUAAUAGAUCAGUAAAAUAUUAGCUCUCUGCACCCCUACUCCUGAAAUCUUUGAAGUGGGUGUAUUCAGGUGAACCAUGUGCUGUAACUCUGAAACAGAGAGCACUCAUACAGGACUUGGACAGGACAGGAAUGGUCAAACCCAUUAAAUGGUAAAGCCUAAUGUCUUUAAGCCCUUGAAUCCCACCCAUAGACUGUAUAUACUAUGGACAACUUGGUUCUGCCUACCGCCUGUAUACGGAUUUGAAGCCAAAAAGCUCUCAGUAUUUCCAGGAUUUUUCUUCAUUUCCUGAAACCAGCGCUGCGCAGUAGCGAUGCGCGCAUUCAGGUGCGCAGUCGCCGAGAGUCGCUGUGAUGACGCUCGGCUCAAACAGCGUAUCCCCCUGGGAGAGCUAUGCAAUCCCUGAAUGCCCAUAGGCUGUAUCAGGUGUCAAUCAUAGACAAUAUAACCCCCUAAUAACUUUUAAAAACGGAGCUGCACAGAAAAACGAGGACUUGAGCACAAACCAGUCUUACUGUAACUACAUGUCAACAUCACAAGCCGGGGGAGAAAAUUUAUGUUCUGUGUAGUAAAUUUCUAAAGUUUGUCCACAGCCCCAUAAGCUUUGCUGGCGGAGGCGGGAUUUAUGACCUAUACUGCAGCCCGUCAACAGAGGGUGCUGUUCGCGGAGUGGCUUCACCCAGCAAGGAGGCGGACUCUGUCCAUUCUUUAUACAGUCUAUGAUCCCACCAUACUGCACUGAAACCUCUCAGUGUGGAGGAGAGUCAAGGUAUUUUGUGAUUGGUUCUGUUGCACCAGUAGUUGCUGGAUGUUUGUUUGUUUGUUUUAAACUAUCUAUGUUCAACACAGAGCAGCAGAACAAAAAGCAGAAAUAUCUUUGUCAAGGUCUUGGCUUGGUCCAACUCAAUUAUUUCCUUAUUAGUCUUUAAUAAUAAUAAAAAAUAAUAUAAUAUAUAAUAUAAUGUAAUAUAAUUUCAUAUAAUACAGUAUAAGAUAAUAUAAUAUGACUUUGAUUAGUCCUCUUGGAAAUAUUCACCUUUUAGAAACCAAUCCACCUCCUCGUCCAGCAGUUAAAUCAGAGCCCCUCAAAAGUCCAGAGUCUGCUAUUGUGUGUUCACUCAUUAGUAACUUCAGUCAUGCAGGCAGCAAGGUUAUAAUAGUUUUGGAUUUUUCAUUAUAGUUUAGUUUUAUUUUGUUUGGACUUUUUUUCUCUCUAAUUAAUUUAGUCUUAAUUAGUUUUUGAGAGCGUGUUUGUCAGUUUUUACUAAUUUUUAUAUAUUUCUAAAUGAUUAAUUUUAGUUUAGUUUUUAUAAGUUUAAGGUUUUCAUACUUUGUAAUAAGUUUAUUUACACGUGCAGCACUGGCUGAUUUGAAUUUUGGCUCGAAUGAAAAGCUGAACUUUUCAAAGGCAAUCAGCUCACACAGUCUUGUAGAUAUAUCAGUCUUGAUAAACAUAUUUAUGAGUGCAUCUUCCCACUUGUGGUGUUUCUUCGUGUUUACUAACAAGCAGCUCUUUGGUCGUCGGUGAAAGCAGUCCAUUGCAGUCGUCUCCUGCUUCCUGCUGCGAACUCCUGGCCAAGAUGUUGCUUCUUUUUCAGGGGAGCUACUCAGAGGGGCCACUUUGUUGAGGCGUGAGCUUCUCAAAUGGACUCUCAGAUUUUUGAGGUUUUACCCCUUAAGAAGUAUUUCACAUUCUUUAUCACCAAUUUCCACUACAAGUCACUUGCUUUUAUCUUUGUUGCUGUCGUAUUUAAAGAAAUUUCAUAUAGGACUCUGUCACUUUCUCCAGAGUUUUGUCGCCAUUUUGCCAGGUAGAAUGGUGAUGACAAGCCGACUGUAAACAAGAAGUGAUGAACUGAGGGGAACCGUACAGUGCUGCUAGCUCACGUAAAAUUGCUCAAGCAAAAUAAAACUUUUUUUUCAUAUCAAUUCGUAAUUGACAAAAAUGAAAACGAAGGGAUUUUUAUCUAUAAUUUUGAUACGUUUUAGUCAGUUUUGUAAACGCACAAUACAGUUUUUUCUUUUGACUGUAGUUUUUAUUUAUUUCAGUUAACAUAAAGGUUUGUUUAAUUGUAGUUUUCGUCAUUUUGUUAGUUUUAAUUAACAAUGAUAACCCUGGCUGGCAGAUACGCUAACUUAGCUUAUGGACUGUGCCAGUUCCGGGACAGAUCGCUACCCGAUCUGUAAAAUGUAAUCAAAUGUUGAAGCAGAAACAUUUUUAACAAAGAAUGUCCUCAUUUUAAAUCUGAAUUCCAAAACAUUUCUCAUAAAAUGUAGUUCCAGGCUCAUAUUUCUCAUUGUGUGUCCUCAGCUCUUCUGUCACCAACUCUUUGUAGACAUUAGUGUACCCAGGACCGCAGGCAGACCAGUUUCUCAGCUGGACUCUUCUCCUACAGAGCCAUGCUGUUGUAAUCCCUGUAGUCAGACUGUGGUUUGUUAUUGUCUUGCUGAAAUAUGAAGUUUUAACCUCAUUUGUGGAUGCAGUGAUGAACUAUCUGUGUGUUCACAGACAAUGAUUUUUGAGCCAAUGCAGUGAUUUCCACUACCUCACAGCUGUUAACAUUAACCUUUUUGUUUUUUUUACUGUGAUACAUUUCCCAGUAAACAAUCAAAUUAAUUUCAACAGUCAACAUUUUGCUUUUAUACUAGUUUCAGUUAAAUUUAGGCCUAAACUGAAGUCAGAAUAUAUUUUUAAUCAUUUUACAGCUCACUCACUUUUUGGGGAUGUGGGUUGUAUCAUUUACUUAAAACAGUUUCUCUUCUUGCUGCCCUCUUCCAGCAGACCAGCGUUUGAUUGGUAAGCUAACAGUCAGAGCAACAGAUGACACUUCAUUUGAAGAAAUUCUCCAUUGCAAUUCUGCAAGGGCACACUAGCAAGUAAACAAAGUAAUAAGAUAAUUAGUCAGUUACUUAAUAAUCUAGAUAGUCAGAUACCGGGCACAUCUAAAUUAAUACCACUUUGUUUUUAUGGCAGCUUGUAAACUAAAGUAUGAAUCAGUUAGCUGCAGGCACCGCUGCUUAACCAAUUAGUCACCAACUACAUCAUUUAAUAGUCCCCUAAGUGAAUUAUUCAGUAUUUUUUUUGCUUGGUAAGUGUUUGAUUGUAAUCUCUUGUAGGAUACCUUGUUGGACCUUUUUAAAAAUACUGGUCAGGUUCUGUUCAUCGUCACAGUCAGAAAUGACUGUUGGAUGUAUCAAUGAAAAAGUAAUUGGUUACAACUUUAAUUGCUCAUAAAAUGGACAUAAUGUUUGAGUUCAGGAGAUUUGCUGAGAACCUGAAGCUGCUGUAAUACUCUCCAAGCCCAGCAGAGGGCAGUGACAUUCCUCUCUUCCAGUAACAGUUUCAUGGCUGAUGGUUUCUCCUCACUUUGGCUAUGAUUGGUUGAUCUCUCAGAGCCUCAAGUGGAAAACGUUGUGACUGGACUUUCUGGUUAUUCUGGUCAGUCCUGAGCUGAUGGUUUCAGCGGCACAAUAAGGAUUAUCAGGAUGAUGUUAGACCUGGUUUAAAAAAAACAUAUUCAUCAUCACAUAAAAAGUUACAAUCUUAAUGUCACAGCUGCUAAACAAUUGACAAACUGCAGGCAACUGCUGUUCUAAUGUGGUGACUAGGAAUGGGCAUUUUAAGGAAGUCCAUCGAUCAAUUAAUCAUAAAAAUUAAUAAUCAAUCAGUGAUUUGCCCUUUUUUUUAUGUGAAUGGCAGAAAAUAAGGUUCAAGUGGUACAUCAUUGGGGUCAUUGUCAUGUUGAACUUGUUCACUGCAUCGCAAUGUUUGCAUUAGUUUUUCCCUCAAAAUGGUCCCACAACACACUUCAUCUUACUUUCUUUGUUUUUUAAUUUUUCUGACUUCUACAGAAGUUCACUGGUUUGGUAUCACUCCUCUUGUAAAAUGUCAAAAUGCUUCUGCAUGGUGAUAGUCACUGCAUUGCUACAACACACUAGGGCUGCCACAAACGAUUAUUCUAAUAAUCGACAUGACGGCGAUUUUUUUUUUUUUUUUCAAUCAGUUAAUCAGAUCGUAUAUUUUCAAUUUUUGCAUUAGCAUUUUUAAUCUCAAUGGGACCAAACUGGUUAAAUCACAGUUUAAAAACAUAUGUAUAUACAUACAUAUAUACACUACAGGCCAAAAGUUUUAAAGCAAGAUCAGAUUUGUACAAAAAAAAAUCAUAGUUUCAUAUUUGCAACACAAUAAACAUGACUGUGUUUAUAUGUGUGUGUGUGUAUGUGUGUGUGUGUGUGUGUGUAUGUGUGUGUGUAUAUAUAUUUGUGUGUGUGUGUGUGUAUAUGUGUGUGUGCAUAUAUAUGUAUGUGUGUGUGUGUAUAUAUGUAUUAGGGCUGCAACGAUUAGUCGACGUAAUCGAUUACGUCGACACGACAAAUUCAUCGACACGAAAAUUAAGCGUCGACGUGUCGUGUUAUUGUUAAGAAUCACAUGCCGGCGCCUCAUGCUCAUCUAUAACUGCAGUGCACUACAGGAUGUGCUGGGGGCAGUAGCGCUCGCUGUUUACAUCCCGCGAGCAAACACAGAAGAAGAGUGCACACAUUAUGGCAGAACAAACUGAAAAAGACGCUCCAAAAUUCUGACCCAAAACUUCGGGAAAGUUUUACGGAGAACAAACCAAAAAAACAUGGUGAUCAAAGCUCAGCUUUCCUACCAUGGCAGCACCACGGCGAUGCUUGAACACCUGAAAUGCCGACACCCCGGAAAUAGGUGUUUUUAAAUAAAGAAGAUAAUGAUUAAUCGUGAUUAAUCGGACGACUAGUCGAUAGAUUAGUCGACAAAAAAAUAAUCGUUAGUUGCAGCACUAAUAUGUAUAUAUGUGUGUGUGUAUAUAUGUAUAUUUGUGUGUGUGUAUAUAUGUAUAUUUGUGUGUGUGUAUAUAUGUGUGUGUACAUAUGUAUAUGUGUGUGUGUAUAUAUGUAUAUGUGUGUAUAUGUAUAUAAAUAUAUAUGUAUAUGUAUGUAUAUAUGUAUAUAUAUAUAUACGUGUAUACAUACAGUAUAUGUGUAUAUAUGUAUAUAUGUGUGUCUGUAUAUAUAUAUAUAUAUAUAUAUAUAUGUAUGUGUGUGUGUGUGUGUGUGUACAUGUAUAUAUAUGUGUGUAUAUGUAUAUAUAUGUGUAUAUGUAUGUAUAUAUGUAUAUAUAUGUACAUGUAUAUAUGUAUAGACGUAUAAGGUUUUUCAACAUGCCAAUUUUAAAAUACCAAAAAUAAGAAUAUCUUUUGCCAGGGUUUUUCCUGGCUCAAAUUGAGGCAGAGGUGGCACCAUCCUGACCAUGCGCCACGACGUGCAUGUAUUUGUAAAUUCAACCGAUUCACUUACUUUUACAGGCAACAUACUUUAAGUUAAGAGUUCAAAAAAGAGUGUGACCAUUAUCAUGUUAAAGCAUUCAUUUAUUAAAACUAUAUACAUACACAAAUCAGCUGGCAACUUUAAAUUGAAAGUACACUUCAUCCACACAUCUCGCAACCAGACAGAACAUUUCAGCCUCCUCUUUUUCAUUCUGUAGAACCUCCUCAUGCACUCCUUGUAGUCCAAGGCCUCCUGGUCUGGUCCAUCAACGGCCACCUUACAACAGACAUCCAAGUGCCUCUCCUUCAGUCUGUUCCGCAGAGGUGUCUUCACCUUAAACAAAACAAUUCAUCAUGUAUUAAGUAUUUUUGUUUUUAUUCUGAUACAGACAUGAAGAGUGAUAGUGUUUUCAAUCAUAUAUAUGUAUACGUUGCAGUGUCCUCCCUAAAAAAAAACGACAACCAAUUAUUUCUUAAACUAUCUAAACUAUGUUAUUUUAGUUUUUGUAACUUUAUUAGUUGAGUGUUUUUAGGUACUACCAUCUUUAAUAUACUUCUCCUUCUCUUCUGCUGCUUUGUGAAUGGCUGUCACCUCAUGUCUCUUUAAUGUGUCCAGCCUAUAGUUGGUUGAUGGCUGUCUCACUAAGGAGGCAGCAAUUGCCUGCUGUGUUGGGGCACAGUGCUUUUGGCAUAAAUAGCAGUGCAUGCCUUCCUCAGUAUGCCUGAGCCAGGUAAAUUGAUUGAGCCACUGCUUGUCAAAGCCACUGGCUCUGUGUUUUUGAGAAGAUCUGGAAAGAGGAAUAAAAACCACGUACACGUCGGCUUUGCGUUGUUAUGCUCCUAAUUGGAAACUAAUUAAUUAAUUACCCUCGCCUCGCCGACUCGUCCUGUCCUGCAUUCUGACCCUCGCGAUCACCAGUCCCUUGUGAAGUACUUUCAGACCUGACACAAAUUUCCACGUUGUCACCAACAUGAAUUAUAGCAUUUUAACUGCCUGUUACGUUUUUUCUCUGCUGUGUUUCACCUGGACUCUUGACUUUCCUCCUCGCAAGGUCGCUUUUUAAAGUACUGUCUGAUUUUGCCUGUCAUAACUGCAACGCUAAAAACGGAGAAAACUUUUUUUUUUAAAUAAACACGACAUGCUUGGAUGCAAAAAAAGAGAAGCAGUAUUUACCUGUUUGUACCAUCCGCCAGGGAAAAUCAGGACGCCGAUAGCACCAACUAGCGGGAAAAAAACUUGAAAAAACAUGAUUCGAUCCGUUUCUUCUUCGGUAGAUGCUUCAGGUCUUUCCGGUGCACUGCUGUUGAUAUAGCGCCUCUAUAGUGGCGCAACGCUGCAACUGCAGUUAAAAUACGUUGCUGCUGCAGAGGGACAUCAAUCGCUCAAUCAACACAGCUGGAGCUUUACGCUGUGUUGAGCGAAAUCAAUCGCUCUGGCUGGGGGCGGCACAAAAUUAGGUGGAGGCGGCCGCCACGCAAUUUUGAACGCAGGAAAAACCCUGUCUUUUGCAACAGUUCAAACACUAAGGAUGUUAUGUAUACAAAAAUUAAAGUUUAAUUUUUAAAUUAGGCAAUUUUAGUGUUUUUUCAUAUAGAUGAAUUGCCUGUGGCCUUAAAAAAUGUCAUGUGGUGUGACCAUCAUUUAUCUCAAAAUUAUUACAUUUUGUCAACAUACUCCAUAGUUUUUCACAAAUUUUCGGUAAUAUCAAGCACAUAGGAACAAAGUGUUUGCAUUUUAUUUGAGUUUUUGUAAAUAAUGAUCUCAUAUAUAAGCUCUAUAAUGUCACAGUCGCUAUAUCAAAUGUAGUUCACUGACUUUUUUUUUCUUUAAAUUGCAUAAUACUGAUAAAAAUGUUUUGAAACUACCUUUCAUGUAAGCAUAUUGUAUCAGGUAUUAAUGUCUCAGUUACAGAAAUGAGAUAUUUUAGUUUGUAUUUGAUACAAUUAAUGUUAUUAUUGGUUGCACCACAUGAUUGGUGGUCGCGCCAAAUGACCUGAAGACCUUGUAUCAUUAAAAAUCAAUUUAAAGAGACCUAUGAACAAUUAAUUUCAAGCAAAUUUUAUAUUCAAACCAAAUUUUAUUAACAUUUCAAACAUGAACAUGAACAUUUUAUUUCCCUUUUUGACAAAAAUUUAACUCUGUGUGUGUUUGUGUAUGUGGUCCAGAGGCCUGCACUUUGAAGCUGGAUUAAUACACCCAGGUUAACUCUGCCACAACUCGCUCAACUUCACCAGAUCUCCGUAAUCCCGAUCAGCUGUACUACGAGGCAGGAUAUCAACUCGCUAACUAAAUUCAGUUGUGGUCAGUCUAGAUCUGUGCACGCACGCGUAAAAGGGGUGGGGUCAGUGCCACCGGACCAAUCUCCACAAAGGAGAAGGCUGCAUGUCAUAUUUCACAGCCGAGGAACAGAGCAUUAUUUUACGCUAAUACGAAAAGUACCGCAACAUUAUAUCAGUGAGGAGCAGGACAGCUGCAGCAGCUAAAAGCCGGAGGGACUGCUGGCAAAAAAAAUCAGCGAUUGUGUAAAUUACAUUUGUGUGUUCAUAAAUUUAUGGCCCCCUUAUAUGUUGUCAUGCAGCGUGUGUGAUUACCUCCAUCAUUGACCUCAUUAUUUCAGAUACAACAGCAGUGGGGAAAAGAGUAAGUGGGAGCAAAUAAAACUAAAUCUAAAAAAAUCUGUCAAAGUGGUUAGCUGGUUUACUGGAAGAUUUUAUUUGUACAUAUUUCAACGCGUAAACAGUGAUUUCCUCACACCGCCUUUUUUUCUUUUUUCUCCAUCAUCUGAUAGUCACAUGUCAUCUGCAGACACAUUUGGGGUUAAGAGGAGUUUUCAAAUCUGCUUCAAUAAAUUCUGAAUGAUGACUGAUAUGCUGCAUGAAACUUGAACUUGGAGCUUGGUAAAUAUUAGUGUAUUGCUUCGACUUCAUGUUACCUGACUAUUGAGGCCGUCCGAGGAAAACUUCUAACGUUCAUAGAGAACGGCAUCAGGUAAAUCAAACGGAUUUGAACGAUCAUGAAUAUAACGCUCUCGGAGAAGCGCUCCUCUCACCAUCUGUGCAACGAUGUCAACAAUCUUGGCCCAAUCUUUGACCAGCCCUGGCAUGAACAACAUGCUGCAGGGUUAGAGUUGACACGCUUCCUAUAGCGAGCGCUUUGAACUUUGCUCAGCAGUGGCAUCUGGUAAAAUAAAUUAAAAUGACUUAAAUUGAUACAUGAAAGUUAAUAAAUUGCUAACAACGGCAUAAAUACCUUAAGUGAAAUGGCAUGCUUUUAAUAUUUUUUUUUCUUAUUUUGUACAGAGAUGACCUAACCAUUAUUUCAGAUAUAUUAGCAAAAUGACUCAUCAAAUAACAAAAAAAAAAAUCAAAAUAAUACUAAAAAUUAAGUACUUAGUGUUUAUCAAUCAUCAAUUGAAUAUAAAUAGCGUAAAUACUGCCAAUCUAGGGCAUAUAUUUAUGAUGGAAAACAAUCUGCAGUGGUCGCACCACAUGAUAAUUGGUCGCACCGCAUGACAUUUUCAAAUUCAGUCAAAUCUUACUGAUACAGGGUUACUCACAUAAACAAAGCUCACUAGCUUCCCACAAAAGGUCACUAUGAAAUUUAUAAUCAAAACACGUUUGUGGAAAAAACUUAAAUUAAUUGUUUUUUUUUAGGUCAUACCACAUGAUAUCCAAAAGUGGCAACACCACUACAGCAGUUGAAAAGGUCUUUUUUUUUUUUUUUUUUUUAAAGAAAUGAGAGAACCACCAACCCUCUUUCUGCUUCCAUAGCUCUAUGACAAAAUGGUGAAUGAUCCAACAUCCUGUCCUUGAGUAGAUUUCAGCAUAAAAGUGUAAAAAAUUGUCAUUUUUUGAUGGUCGCACAACAUGAUAUUUAAUGAAAUAGACACAAUCGGACAAAAUUCGUUUAUAUAUUAUGAAAAAAAUAUAACUGCAAGAGCUCUGCAAUUUUGUACAGGAAUAAAAAACACUUUCAAAAUUAUGCCGAAUAUUGCAGAAACUAAAUUGUAAAAGAUUUAGAGUAAUUUCAAAGAAGUUUUUAAAACAGAAGUCAUGGCCGGACGGUCGCACCACAUGAUAUUUUGACCCUUUGAAGUUCAGAAAAAUUACAAAAAACUCCUGAUUUUUGAAAAGUUGAAGUGGCUCCAUAUAUUAGAGAGAUACUACACAUAGAUAGUAUAUUUUUUACAUUUAAAACUCUUUGUAACAUAAAGAAAAUACAGCCGGACAGAAUAUUGAGGCGUCACGUCAUUGACCCAUAUAUAUGUAUGUGUGUAUAUAUGUAUAUAUAUAUAUAUAUACAUAUAUGUAUGUGUGUGUAUAAAUGUGAAUUUAUAUAUAUAUGUAUAUAUAUAUAUAUGUAUGUGUAUACACUCACCGGCCACUUUAUUAGGUACACCAUGCUAGUAACGGGUUGGACCCCCUUUUGCCUUCAGAACUGCCUCAAUUCUUCGUGGCAUAGAUUCAACAAGGUGCUGGAAGCAAUCCUCAGAGAGCUUGGUCCAUAUUGACAUGAUGGCAUCACACAGUUGCCGCAGAUUUGUCGGCUGCACAUCCAUGAUGCGAAUCUCCCGUUCCACCACAUCCCAAAGAUGCUCUAUUGGAUUGAGAUCUGGUGACUGUGGAGGCCAUUUGAGUACAGUGAACUCAUUGUCAUGUUCAAGAAACCAGUCUGAGAUGAUUCCAGCUUUAUGACAUGGCGCAUUAUCCUGCUGAAAGUAGCCAUCAGAAGUUGGGUACAUUGUGGUCAUAAAGGGAUGGACAUGGUCAGCAACAAUACUCAGGUAGGCUGUGGCGUUGCAACAAUGCUCAAUUGGUACCAAGGGGCCCAAAGAGUGCCAAGAAAAUAUUCCCCACACCAUGACACCACCACCACCAGCCUGAACCGUUGAUACAAGGCAGGAUGGAUCCAUGCUUUCAUGUUGUUGACGCCAAAUUCUGACCCUACCAUCCGAAUGUCGCAGCAGAAAUCGAGACUCAUCAGACCAGGCAACGUUUUUCCAAUCUUCUAUUGUCCAAUUUCGAUGAGCUUGUGCAAAUUGUAGCCUCAGUUUCCUGUUCUUAGCUGAAAGGAGUGGCACCCGGCGUGGUCUUCUGCUGCUGUAGCCCAUCUGCCUCAAAGUUCGACGUACUGUGCGUUCAGAGAUGCUCUUCUGCCUACCUUGGUUGUAACGGGUGGUUAUUUGAGUCACUGUUGCCUUUCUAUCAGCUCGAACCAGUCUGGCCAUUCUCCUCUGACCUCUGGCAUCAACAAGGCAUUUCCGCCCACAGAACUGCCGCUCACUGGAUAUUUUUUCUUUUUCGGACCAUUCUCUGUAAACCCUAGAGAUGGUUGUGCGUGAAAAUCCCAGUAGAUCAGCAGUUUCUGAAAUACUCAGACCAGUCCUUCUGGCACCAACAACCAUGCCACGUUCAAAGUCACUCAAAUCACCUUUCUUCCCCAUACUGUUGCUCGGUUUGAACUGCAGGAGAUUGUCUUGACCAUGUCUACAUGCCUGAAUGCACUAAGUUGCCGCCAUGUGAUUGGCUGAUUAGAAAUUUAGUGUUAACGAACAGUUGGACAGGUGUACCUAAUAAAGUGGCCGGUGAGUGUAUAUGUAUAUGUAUAUGUGUAUAUAUUAGGGAUGUGAAUCUCAGCACUGAGGACGAUUCGAUACGCAUCUCGAUGCACUGCCAGCGAUACGAUACUUUAACGAUACAUGGAAUUUUCUGGCGAUACGAUGCGAUAUGAUUCACCCUCUUCACGAUGCGAUACGAUACAAUAAUCAUUUAGUUCAAAUCAAUGCGAACCGAUACGAUAUGAUGCAAUUUGUUGCAAUAUGAUGCAAUUCAACAUGAUGCAAAUAAGCAAAGAAAAAAAAAGAAAUAAAAAUAAAAGAUGGAAUUCAGUAUGGUACUACAAAAAGGAUUUGGCUUUAUUCCUUAAAGGCACUUAGCAGUUAAUUCAACAAAAGUGCUUUUUGUCUUUUUUCUAUGCUCCUUCAUUUUGUACAGUUACACAGAUUAGACAGACCUCCUGCAACUGUUAAGGAAUCUGAAUCAAUAAAAUCAAAAAAAAAAAAAAAAAAAAAGGAUUCCGACCCCAACCCUACAUCACACAAGUGCUCUAUACUUGUUGGGUAAUAUUACAGUACACAUUAUUAAACAACUAAUGCACUGCCUAACAUGGUGCAAAUAAACCAUUCAAUGGCCAUACUACUGUCUGCCAAACCAAUGUGCUAGAGUUGACUUUCUAACUGGCCACAAAAUCAGUGAUUUGAGUAAGUUCUGCAAUAAUAAAAGAGUAAAACAAUUACACAAUAAUUACUUCUGUAAAAAGUACAGUAAACAGCAACAACAAAACACUCUCAAUGAGUAACCUAAAGUGACACUUUCAUCAGUGCAAUCAAUGUUAAGGGAGGGGAGGUGGCGUUAGACUUGUCGGUGAUGUGGUGUACUCUUUUUAAGUGGGUCUGCAUGUUUGUCGUGCUGCCGUUGUACGGCUUCUUAACGCGACAUUCUUUGCAAAUGACGGACGUUUUGUCGAGCUUUCCGUCUUUCUUGCAAAUCCGUAGUGUUUCCAAACAUAUGAUUUAAACGUAGCCGAUGCAUUACAUAUAAACUCUUCCUCGCUGCUGCUCACUUGAAUGUGGUCCAUGCUGUUUUAGUAGUAGUGCAUUGUAUGUCCCUCACGGCUUCCGUCCGUAUUCAAUACAAAACGUGAAAAAAUGAUGGUGCAUUCAAUGCGCCUGGGAAACAGCAGAUUGGGUGAAGUUUAACAUGAAUAAAACGGCGCUUGCAUCGGAUUUUACCGAUACCCACAAACGCAUCUAGAUGAAUCUAGAUUUAACCCGUCAAUUGCAUCGAUACCCAGUGAAUGAGCCGACGCAGUCGCAUCGCGCACAUGCGCAUCGAUUGAUAUCGAUUAUUUUCCACACCCUUAGUAUAUAUAUGUAUAUAUAUGUGUAUAUAUGUAUAUAUAUAUGUGUAUAUAUGUAUAUAUAUAUAUGUGUAUAUAUGUAUAUAUAUAUGUGUAUAUAUGUAUAUAUGUGUAUAUGUAUAUAUGUAUGUGUAUAUAUGUGUAUAUAUGUAUAUGUAUAUAUCUAUGUGUAUAUAUGUGUAUAUAUAUGUAUAUGUAUAUAUCUAUGUGUAUAUAUGUGUAUAUAUAUGUAUAUGUAUAUAUCUAUGUGUAUAUAUGUGUAUAUAUGUAUAUGUAUAUAUAUGUAUAUAUAUAUGUGUGUGUGUGUGUGUGUGUGUGUGUUUAGAUAAGGUUAUUUAAUGGUGGUAAAACGGCAGCUGCAUGCUGGUGCGAACUUCAAGUUUUUGUUCACAAUGCUUUUUAAAAAAUCCAGCAUGAGUUGUAUGUAUUUUGGGAUGUAUUUACUCCAUGAUCAGAUGUUGCUUUCAUGGAAAUGCACCAUUUUACUCCAUUUACUUUUAGAUAUAGAUUGAUGUUAACAGACCAUUGCUAAAUAUAUGUCAGCAAAAGAUAGUAAGGGCUUAGUUUCAGGGUUGAAAACAUUUGCAAGAGUCACAACUUCAGUGGAAAAGCAAAAAAACAAAUCACAGUUGGAUUAUUUAUUUCAACUUUUUGGCUUUUGAGAGUCUGCAUACAAAAAUCCUAAUAAAUCUCAACUGCGUUCAAACUACCCCAAAAAUGGCUUGAAAGAAGUCACUGAGUAAAGAAACAAAAGUACAGAUUUGUACAUUGAGGAUAGAAGGAUACAUAGAAAGAGAAAUUGCAAAACGUCUAAAGGUGUUUAACAACAGAGUGCACUACACUCUGAAGAGACGAGAGGAAACUGGAAGUUAUGAUGAUAGAAAAAGACCUGGACGAAAGAGAGUUACUACAAAAGCAGAGGAUAAACAUAGCAUUGUCACCAGUAAGAGAGAUUGGCGAAAGACAGCACCACAAAUAAGGGAGGAAAUCAACACGACAAUGUCGAAACCAUAGACUGUAUAUACUAUGGACAACCUGGUUCCGCCUACCGCCUGUAUACGGAUUUGAAGCCAAAAAGCUCUCGGUAAUUCCAGGUUUUUCUCCACUUCCUUGAAACCAGAGCUGCGCAGUAGCGCUGCGCGCAUUCGGCCGCGCAGUUGCUGAAGGUCCCUGUGAUGACGGCUCAAACAGCGUAUCCCCCCCGGGUGAGCUACGUAAUCCCUGAACACCCAUAGGCUGUACCAGGUGUCAAUCAUAGAAAACAUGAACCCCCUAAUAACUUUUAAAAACGGAGCUGUACAGAAAAAAAAGGACUUGGGCACAAACCAGUCUUACAAUAACUACAUGUCAACAUCACAAGCAGGGGGGAGAAAAAUGUAUGUUCUGUGUAAUAAAUUUCUAAAGUUUGUCCACAGUCCCAUAAGCUUUGCUGGCGGAGGCGGGAUUUAUGACCUGUACUGCAGCCCACCAUCAGAGGGUGCUGUUCUCGGAGUGGCUUCACCCAGCGAGGAGGCAGACUCUGUCCAUUCUUUAUACAGUCUAUGGUCGAAACCCAUAUCUCUGACAACCGUGAAAUGAUGUUUGAGAAAGGCUGGUCUGAAGGGUUGUGUAUCUGAAAAAAAACACUACUUUGUCCACAGAACAAGAAAAAAGGAUAUGAGUGGGCAAAAGCUCACAAAAUUGGACUUAUGAUGACUAGAAACAAGUUUGCACUGUUUGGUUCAAAACGCAGAGUCUGUGUCCUCAGACAAACUGGUAAAUGUCUGAAAGCACCAUGUGUUACACCCACAAAUCAGCAUGGAGGUGGUAGUUCCAUGGUAUGGGGAUGUUUUGCAGGUGAUGGAGUAGGAGAUUUGUUUGAAGUAAAGAGUAUCAUGAAGAAGGAACAGUACCACUCCAUCCUCCAGUACCACUCCAUCUUCCAGCACCAUGCUGCUCCAUCUGCACUCAGACUUGUGGCUCAUAAGUUUGUUUUGCAGCAAGACAACAACCCUAAGCACUCUGCCAAGCUCUUUCAGGGUUACCUAGACAAAAAAGAAGAGGAAGGUGUUCUUCAAAAGAUGGUUUGGCCCCCUCAGUCUCCAGACCUUUCUCCAAUUGAGCUUGUGUGGGAUGAAUUGGAUAGAUUGGUCAGAAAAACGCAUCCCACGAAUCAGCAGUUUCUUUUUAAUGAACUUAAGAAAGCUUGGAAUGCAAUCUCUGGAGAAUACUUUGAAAAACUUGUGGAACGAAUGCUUGGUAUAUGCCAAGCUGUUGUUAAAGCCAGAGGAGGUUACUUUAAAGAAAGCAAAGUCUAAGCAACAAUAUCUCAAAUACCUAAUAAUUAUAAUCAAAAUGUCUUCUGAUAAGUUACUCUUUACACAAUAGUCAUGUUUAUUGUGUUGCAAAUUAUAUAUAUGAAACUAUGAUCUUUUUUUGUACAAAUCUGAUCUUGCUUCCAAACUUUUGGCCUGUACUGUAUACAGUACUAGCAGUCUAUAGGCUAUAGUGCUUUUCUGUCAAACAACUCAGCAUCUCAUUUGUUUCCAUAGAAAAUGAACAUAAAAACAGAAUGAACUCCUAAGCUAGUCUUUUACUUCGCUUAAAGCCAGUUACUCAAACAGACAAGCCUAUUGACAUUUUCAGAUAGGAGGGAAGCUCUCUUUUUCUGAACAAUAUGUCCAGACAGUGAAAAAAGCCUCUCAGAAGGUACUGAGGUCGCAGGUGUCGCCAAGUACUUGCGUGCAAGGUGAGCCAUCUCACUGUGUGACGCUCCAUGAGUGCUCCACUAUUCCUGGGGAGAGUCAUCCAUGCCAAGAAGAAGCUCUGCCUGGUAGCGCUGCAGACAUGGUUCAAUGCUGUCCUCCUCUUCAUCAGAUGAGGAAUCCUGUGUAAGCAUGAGAGCAGGUUUCUUCGUAGCCAGCUCAGAUGUAACUUGAUUGUUCCGCUGUGCAGACGUCUCCCUCUGCAUCUGCUGAAGCAAGGCGCAAACUGAAACCCACACCUGAGCCCUCUCAGGAUUACUAAGACAUUUCAGGUCCUUGAACCUAAACCUAUUUAUAGAGAAGAUCCAUCUCACCGCCGAAUAUACCUCGCACAACAACCCGGCGAGCCGACUGUGUUAUUUGUUAUGAGCUGACCGGCGGGCAAGACAACACGUGUGACCCUGUGCGCAAGCUACUAUUUUGUUUUCGGUUGAAGGUGGAACUGUAGUUCUUCUCAGGGUUUCUUACAGCGACGGGGUUGUAUUAAAAACUACAAAUAUUUAUUUGGUCACUCUGAGUGUUAAUCAUCGUUAAUUUCCGUUAAUUUCAGCUUGCAUUAACGCAUUAAAAACACGAUAAUUUUGACAGCAUUAAUGUAUGUGUGUGUGUAUGUUGCAGAUUAUUGCAGAUUGCAGAUUGUUUUACCACCAUUUAAUAACCUCCAUCUGAAAAUGUUAGAGUUUGUGCGUACUAACAAAGAAAACAAUUAAGACAGUAGUUCAUUUUAACCUUAUUUAUAACUUUGCUAUAAACUAACUAUGAAAUAGUAAUAAAAUAAAAUACAAAACAGAAAAUGGUAUCAAAAAACAAAUAAUUUUAAACACAAAUUUCACUCUGGCAAGGCAUUUAACAUGGAAAACUAUAGAACCAUCAAACAUAAACAUGACAUUAUUUUUCAUCAUUACUACAAACACGUAAGCCAGGGGUUAAUUAAGUUUGGCUGCGGGUAGGGCUGGUUUGAAAAUUUUCAAUACCGGUACCAAUACCAAUACCUCCACUUCAAUACCAGUUCCUGUUCAAUACUUUUUUCAAUACCAAUUUUUUAUUAUCCAUUCUAACAAAAAGAAAAUUACAUUACGUAUUGCACAAAUCUUGAGUUUUAUUUUUCAGCUUUGGCAGUUUAAGAAAAAUACAAAUGAACAAUUUCCAGUGCAAAAAAACACUUGCACACAAGUGACAAAUCAGUCUGAUAUUCACAGCUACAUAUUUUUCACUUAUAAGUUUUUCUUUAGAAAAAUCAACAUGUCUGCUCUCUCAGGACACAGACAGGCCCGCUCCUGGCUGAUGGUGUCCCCAGCAGUGCGCUCUGAGGGUGUGGAUGAUGCUUGGACACAGACAUACCUGGUUGCCAAGUCUGAUAGCAUUGGCAUAUUGUCCCUUGCAUUCCACCACCAGGUUACUGGAUUCACUGAGAUUAGGGUAGAUAGCAGACCUCUUUACCACUGUAUCUCUUCCUCAAUCUUCUCUGUGGUGCUCAAAGUCUUCUCUUGUCAUAUUUCAGCUGCCAUGUUCUCAUCGGCAAAUAGCUCCUAAAGGGCAGAAAGCUUUGGCUUCUUCUGGAAACAAGAAGAAGAACGACAAUAGAUGCCAACAACAAGUUAAUUUUGUUCGGAAAAUGAAAUGGGGGCGAGAUGUCUUUACCAGUGUUGUUACUGCAGCUGUACAGCCUUCAUCAGGAGAAUUGUCAUGGUCACCAGCUGUUUCUUCAAGCUCCUGCUCCAUAUGCUGGGCCUGAGUCACACCUUUAUUCUGUAUUCAAUAGAUUAUAGGAGUCAACUGAUCUACAAUGGAAGAGAAAUAAGAUAUCAAUAACAAAAACACCUGUUCUGACAUCCUAGUAACCAGCUCCUCUUGCAGUCUUAUCCACGCUUCAUCGGCCACUUUCGUUUUGAAUCUUGGGUCUAAGGCUGUGCCCUCCUCCAAGAACUGCCUGAUGCUCUCAUCCUGCAAGACAAAAAAUAGCAUAGUAGUCAAAUCUCUGAGUAUACCUAAUAAAAACAACUUAAAAAUCUACAUGCUACUGUACAUACUUGGUAUCGUUUUGAGAGGUCACCCCAGAUCUUGUCCUUGAUGGUCCGUGUAAAGAAGGAGUCCUCAUCAGUGAUUGUGAAGUGAUGCUGGAGUUACCCCAAGAUGGGCAGAAUCUGGCCCAAAGUUGGACUCCUUUCAGCAGAGAUGCAGAUGGUUGAAGUAUAGAGUAUCUUCAUUACUCUGAUGAACUGUUCUGCUUUUCUAUAGUCAUUAUCAGAAAGUCUUUCCAUUUUUUUAUUAGCUAGACCACAGGCCAGCGCAUUAGUUCACAUUGAUGAAAGAAUGAGUUAAGAAUAACAAUGCCCAUCCAUAUCUAUACCUGUCCUUCUCCGUUGAUUUUUUUUUAGCCGAGGGUCCGUGUAGGCUCCCUGGAUGGCAGGAAACUGCUCCAGAAAUCGCUCCACCAUCAGGAACAGGCUGUUCCACCUGUUCCUCACAUCCAAAAUGACAGCAUGCUCAGGAAGACCUUGAGAGAGACAGUGUGCAUGUGAUUGUCAAAGUGGUUAUCUGUAGUAAUUAGUGAUGCACGAUAUGAAAAAUUUCAACCGAUACCGAUAACCGAUAAUUUCCUCUUCUCAUAUUUUUACAUUUAUUAUAAUCGUCAUAUAAUCUGCAGUUUGUGCAGGAUGCAGUGAUUGAAAACUGAUGUUUUUGUUGCUCUGGCCUAUCUAGAACAACAAACAAAAGUUUUUGGCUCUUCAAAUGUGGUCAUUUGCUAUAAAUAACAAUAACAGAGCAAAAAGCAGAACUUCAUUUGAUCACCUGAACUGUUCAACAGAACUGUAAACUGUAAAGGAGCUAUUAUGAGACGUUAGGAUUAGCAUGCUGACCGGACUAACAUCUGACGUCCAUAUGUCUGUGGUAAAACUCACGUGUAGUCCGUUCUUGUCGAUCAGGUUGUGAAUGUAUGUGGCGACAAUAUCAUAGAGUGCAGGAAGAGACACGUCCGAGAAGAAGCGGCGGCUUGGGAGAGUGUAACGUGGCUCCAAGUGUGCUAUUAACUUGCGAAAACCCGGGUUCUCAACGACGGAAAAAGGCUGGUCGUCGACCGCUAUGAACUCCAUCACUUUGUCGUUAAUGGCUUUAGCCUUUUCGCUGUCUCUUGAGAAGCUUUUGCAGUUUUUAAACGCCCGCUGAAUGGGGACAUCGAUCCUCCGUAGUGUUGUUGUCUUAGCUUUAGUACCGCUAGCAGCUUCGGCGGCUGCCUCAUAGUCUUUUAAUACUGCUUCGCCGCGAUGGCGACUUUUCAGAUGAGCUAUCAGAUUCGCUGUGUUAAAACUUGACGUCUUCUUUCCUCCUCUCGGAAUCCUCGCUGAACAGGUUUUGCAUAUAACAGCUGUUGUCAUCUUCUGCCACUGAGAGAAACGACCAUGCUGGUGAAGACAUUUUAUUAUCUGUCAGGUAGUGACGGGGUCAGGCUUGGGACCUGCGAGUAAGGCGCGAUAGAUGACGUAACCAGCGCGUCUCGGACGGGCGGCUACUCCGCCUGCAAACGUUACUCGUAAUUUCAUUAAUAUAUCGGAUCUUUCUAUCGGAAAAAUGCACCUAUCGGGCCGAUAAAAAAUGACGUAAUUUCCCCCCAAAUCGGCCGAUAUUUUAUCGGUCCCAUAAAUAUCGUGCAUCCCUAGUAGUAAUAGUUCAAAAGUUGAUUCAGCCAGCCCAGGAACAUUGCACUAAGUUUGAUUUACACUUACCGAGAAGACGCUGCUUCUCUUUAAGGACAGGUUUAACCACACCACCAUAGCGCUGAUUCUUCCUGCCCACUUUGAGAUGACAGGUAUGAUGUACAGCUUUUGAGCAGCAAUGUUUAGUGCAUGAGCAAAGCAGCAAAUUUUUCUAAUGCUCAUCUUUUUUACUGCUGCAUCCAUAUUAGCUGCAUUGUCGACAGUGAUUGCAACAACUUUUUCUUUUAUGUUGAAUUCAUCAAGAAUAUCCCCUAUCUCCUUAGCUAUUACAUUCCCUGUCUGUGAUGUGUAGACUGCCCUGGUAUGGAGGACUUUCUCCUUUCAUGGUACCCUCUCUCACAAAGUGGACUGAAACAGUCAAGUAGUGGUCUUGUGCCACACUGGUUCACCUAUCCGCUGUGACAGCCACAUCUCUGACGUCUUGCAAUUCUCCUUUAACAUUUCCCUUCUCUACUGCAUACCAUGCAGGUAUGAGUGUAUUUGACAGCGUGUCUCUGCUGGGGGGCUGAUAUCUGGGGUUUAGGGCUCUUAUCAUCUCCCUAAUUGACAUUAAAACACAAAAAAUCAACAAAACAUUAUCUACACUGAGAGAUAAAAUCUUAACUGAUCAACAAUUUCCUUUACUUACCUCCACCAUGGAGUCUCCACUGUUGAAAAAGGCAGCAAGCCUUUAACAACAAAGUUUGUGACUACCCUGUGGCACUCAUCUUGUUUUUCUAUUGUCAUCUUUCCUUUUUCUGCCAGGGUGAAUGUAUUCACAGUUGGCCUUGUCCCCCUCACACCACAGUCAGAGGCUACUGUGAGAAGAUCAGUUUGAUAAAUUGAUAAGCACUUUUUGAGCUAAGCUUAAUCUGUUACUGUCAAUCUCUUGUUAGAUUUUGAUUUAGCCACAAUGCUAACACUAAUAACAUAAGUUAGCAUCGCCACAGUUUAACUCGCUUCACGAUGCACGUAUUAAAUUGUAGUGAAAUUAAGUAAAUUUACCAGUGCUCUCAUUGGUACUCUCAGAUGAAGCGGAGUCCGGUGGUGGUGGACAUUUUGAACCAAGCCGCUCGGGCUCUGUAAUGUCCACAGGCGGACUUGAAUGCUGAGAGGAGGAUAGCUGCAGUCUGCUCUUCUUGCAGUGAAACACGGAGCAACGUUAUGCUCUUAAAUUGAUUCUGUGCAUGGUCAGGUGAUUCAUCAAAUUCACUGUAUUGGCAUUCUUGGUAAUUAGCACUUUUUUGCAUAAAUUGCGUCGCACACUACUGGCAUCAAUCUUGUUAAAAUGGUGCCACACUUUUGACCUCGGAGUCUGAGAUAUUUUUUUACCCGGUUCGAGACACACACAACUACAGCUCUCAGUCACAACACAGACACGUGAACCCCGUCUGUGGGCGGAACCACAAGAUGUUUCCACCACUAUUUUUCUUGCAUGCCGCAAUUAUGCGUAAUGUUAAAGCCAAUCACCGGCAGCAGUAUCAGGUCUUCAUCACGUGAUUAAUCUCAGGGUACCGAAACUUGGCACCGAAACAGGUAUGGAUGAUUGAUUGCUUUGGUCUGGUGGAUGCACCGCUAGUUGUGGCUUAACUGCUAAUGCUACUCCUGCCGUCAGCAGUGACGGGCUGUGCAGACUUCGCUCGCAUUUUCAUGCUUCCUGCGUAAUCACUUGGAGAACUUCUUCAAAUGAUUAAACAGAUUUGUUAUGUUGCCGGUUUAUUGGCUUAAUUGCUCAACGUCACUUUGGAGAGACGUUGAAUAACUUCUCAACAAUAACAUCUUUGGAGAAUGACUCAAAGUCAUGGCGGACAUCUAUUUUACUGCCUCAGCUCCGCGUUUAGCUCCACGUUCAAUCAUUCUGUUUACUUCUCCAGUAACUUUCAGAAGUGAGCAGGAAAAGCUCGACUCUGAUUGGCUGUUGUGACGCAUAUUUCCACCAUGUUUGAUCGAGUAAAUAAGCUCACAGCUGAUCACAAUCAUCGAUCACGAUCAUAUAAUCGCCCAGUCCUACUCGGUAUUCAAAGAAUACAAUAUAAGAUGGCACCACGAAACGAAGCAUGCUAACUUCAAAGUUUUGUUCCCUCAGAAGACAGAGGCACGAAAGCGCAAGAUCGAAGUCCUGAAAGGUGCUUAUGCAUACAGCAACAGAAAUAAUGUGCAAGGUCUUACGUCCCAACAGAAGGCAACUAGCGCAUCUCUAAAAGUGUCCUGGGUGCUCGCAAAGCACAACAAGCCAUUCACUGAUGCAGAGGUCUUCAAGGAGAUGAUUGUGACGGUUUUGGUGGCACUUGCUGCCAGCAAGUUGAUGGAUGGUGUGAUCGAGUCAGUGAAACAGAUGUUGCUCUCUGCCAGAUCAGCUGACCGCCGCAUAGAAGCGCUGUCUGAUGCGGUGCAGGGUGUAAUUAUCGACGGUGUCAGUCAUGCAAACUACCUUUCCUUAGCCAUUGAUGAAAGCACUGACAACACAGAUGUAGCCCUGCUUCUAUGUGAGAUAUUUUGAUGGGAAAGAUUUCAAGGAAGAGCUGCUGUCUCUAAUUCCAUUAAUAACCAGCUAAUAACAACCUGGCCCCCACCUACCUCACAGACCUGCUCCACCACUACACCCCCGCCCAUACCCUCCAAUCCUCAGAGGGAAAUCUUCUUGCCCUACCCCCUCGGACCAAGCACCAAACUUGGGGGUCAGAGCCUUCUCCGUUGCCGCCCCCACCCCCCAGAAUUCACUCCCCAAACCCACCUGAGACUGUACUGACCCCCACACUUUUAAAUCACUCUUAAAAACGCCACCUUUUUAAAUUGGCUUUUAACCCGUGAAUCUAUUCUUUUAUUGUGUCUCUUUUACAUCAUUGAUUUUAUUUCUCAUAGUUUUCUGUAUUUAUUUAUUUUUUUUCAGUUUAUUUUCUUCUUUUUCUUUCUAAGGCAUCUUUGAGCACCUGUAAAAGCACGUUAAAUAAAAUAAUAUUAUAAAUAAAAUUUAUUAUUUAUAAUAAUAAUAAUAAUUAUUAUUAUAAUAGUUAAACAGUUUCAGAGUAAUGUUCCCGUGUGUCAAAUGUAAAAGAAUGAGUGGAUUUGAUCAUCUUCAGAACAUAAUAUCAUUCAAAGAUUCAGAGAAUCUGUAGAAAUCUCUGGACAAAAGGGACAAGGACCAGAACCAAGACUGGAUGGUCCAGAUCUUCAGGCCCUCACACAGUACUACAUUAAUAACAGACCGAACUUUGGAGUAAAAACCACUGCAUGGACUCAAUUAAUACUGAAUAAUAUCUACAGGUUUAAGAGCAACAUUUGCUGCCAUCCAGACAAAGACUUUUUCAGGGAAGACCUUCAUAUAUCAGCAGGACAAUGACAAACCACAUUCUGACAACAGGGAGUUCAACAGCAUGGCUCUGCAGGAGAAGAGUCCUGCUGCUGGAGCUUGCAGAUGGUCCAGCAGGUUAGCACGCUUCCCAUACAUGGGGACCACAGUCCCCGCAACAGUCGCGGACCGAAUCUGGCCCCGACCAUGUGUUGCAUGCCCCACCAUCUCGCCACACUUCACCCUGUCCUGUCGAUAAAGGCUAAAAUCGCCCCAAAAAAAUGUUAGAAAAAAAAAGGGUCCUGCUGAUGAACUGGACUGAUGCAGUCCUGACUUGGUUUUUUGGGUAGCUCUGAGGUUUACCAUACAAGACAAGGUUGUUGGUCUUAAAAAACCCUCAGUUUGAAUGUUAGUUGAUGUGGAUCAGUAUUCAGGCACCACUAUUGCGCCAUCCUUUACUAUCACAGUUUUCUGUGUGCCGGGGCUAAAAACUGAAACUUGAACUGAAUCAUCAAGGUGCUGUUAACAGAUUUUCUCCUAAAUUUGACACACAGUGUCAUCACUUUAUGACUCCUGUUUGUGGUGCUGGUGAUGAGAAGGAGAGCGACUAUAGUGCAGUGAACUAGCUUCAGAAGAAGCAGUGACAUUGGGGUGUUGAAAGGCUGUGAAAGGAACAGGAAGAAAUUGUUGCUUUAAAACAAAAAAAAAAGUAAGAGGUUUUCCAGUUCUUUCUGCCGAGACAAGAGGAAAGGAGGAGGAUCACUGCAGUGUACAGAGAGAGCAAGAAAUAACUUGGGUACUAAAUCAGACAAACUGACUUAAAAAAUACUGUUUGGUUGAGUUUCUCUGUAACCCCACUCGCUUUCUGUUAAGCAAACCAGGAUCUGUAACCAGUGUGUGCCUUAAAUCCCAUGAUGCUCUCUGUCUGCCCCCCUCUGUCAGGCCCCGUGGAGGCGGUGGUGGCUCCGGAGGUCCCAGGAGGCAGAAGGAGUUGCCUUCAGAGCCCCCCUUCACAGCGUACGUGGGAAACCUGCCGUUCAACACGGUGCAGGGAGACAUCGACAUCAUCUUCAAAGAGCUCAACAUCCGCAGCGUCCGAUUGGUCAGAGACAAAGAGACAGACAAGUUCAAAGGUCAGAGGAUUUCAUUCUCUGUCAUGGUCAGACUACAGGAUUGAUUUAGAAUCAAUCAGAGGAGACAGACUCUUCUCCAGCUGAAACAGGAUCAGGAUGAGAUCCAUGGUCAAAGAGUUAGUCAGUUUAAAAACCUGUUUUAAGAUGAAAAUACCGACUUCCAGGGUCAAAUGAUUGACGGUACAAAAGUCAUCAUCCAGCCUACAGCUACACAGGCUGGGACGACUGAAAUUUGUCUGACUGAUCAAAACACAUCCUAAGAAAGUUCCUGAGCUUCAAGUGGUCCUAAUUUAAAAAUCCAUCAGGGUUUAAACACACCAGAGUAUAGCUUUAUCUGCCCCAGUUUACCAGGUUGGUGUUGUCACAGGUGCUGAUCUUCUCAGGUGUCUGUCAGAUGAGACUUGUCUUCAUUGAAUAAUUGAUCCUCAUUAAACACAGUUUCCUCAUCAGUGACGUUAUUAACCUCAUCUGCACAUCUUUGUUUUUAGGUUUUUGUUACGUGGAGUUUGAAGAUUUGGAAUCUCUAAAAGAAGCUUUGACAUACGACGGUGCUGUGAGUAUCAGUCACAGGCUUUACUUCUCACUCUGAGUCCCGAUUUCUUUCUAAUUAGAGCAGUAUCAAGCUCCAGAGAACGUGAAGAACUUAAGUAUGAGGAAGUUGAUGUGUUCACUCCUUACCAUCCUGGUAAAACAUUGUCACAGUGAAGUUGUUUUUCUGGACUUUUGGACCUUUAAGAGACCUGAACUCUGAGAGUCUGAAAAACUUUUCUGUUCAGUUUUGUUAGUUCCACAUUAGGUCAUUUGAGCCUUGCUCUGCAUAGAUUAUGUAUGAGCCCGCUCUUUAUGUUGAUAUUGAUACCGCCUUUUUUCAACACUCUGUUAUGUCUUGUAAUUUCUGAAUUCAAUGAUUUGCAUGUGAACAUAGUCAGAGGAGCAGACAGAUAUGACCAGUAGGGUUGGGCAUCAUUUGAAAUUUAACCAAUCUGGUUCCUAAUGAUUCUCUAAUUCGAUUAAUUUAAAAGGCAGUAUUAGGGCUGGGCAGUAAAACUAUAACGAUAUACACUACAGGCCAAAAGUUUGGAAGCAAGAUCAGAUUUGUACAAAAAAAGAUCAUAGUUUCAUAUAAAUAAUUUGCAACACAAUAAACAUGACUAUUGUGUAAAGAGUAACUUAUCAGAAGACAUUUUGACUAUAAUUUUUCUUUGACUAUUAAUUUUUCUGACCGAUUGAUCCAAUUCAUCCCGCACAAGCUCAAUUGGAGAAAGGUCUGGAGACUGAGGGGGCCAAACCAUCUUUUGAAGAAUACCUUCCUCUUCUUUUUUGUCUUGGUAACCCUGAAAGAGCUUGGCAGAGUGCUUAAAGUUAUUGUUUUGCUGCAAAACAAACUUAUGAGCCACAAGUCUGAGUGCAGGUGGAACAGCAUGGUGCUGGAGGAUGGAGUGGUACUGUUCCUUCCUCAUGAUACCCUUUACUUCAAACAAAUCUCCUACUCCAUCACCUGCAAAACAUUCCCAUACCAUGGAACUACCACCUCCAUGCUGAAUUGUGGGUGUAACACAUGGUGCUUUCAGACGUUCACCAGUUUGUCUGCAGACAUAGACUCUGCGUUUUGAACCAAACAGUGCAAACUUGUUUCUAGUUACCAUAAGUCCAAUUUUUGUGAGCUUUUGCCCACUCAUAUCUCUUUUUCAAGGUUCUGUGGAAGAAGUAGUGUUUUUUUGCAGAUACACAACCCUUCAGACCAGCCUUUCUCAAACAUCAUUUCACGGUUGUCAGAGAUAUGGGUUUCUACCUUGUCGUGUUGAUUUCCUCCCUUAUUUGUGGUGCUGUCUUUUGCUGAUCUCUCUCACUGGUGACAAUACCAUGUUUAUCCUCUGCUUUUGUAGUAACUCUCUUUUGUCCAGGUCUUUUUCUAGCAUCAUAAUUUCCAGGUUCCUCUGGUCUCUUCAGAGUGUAGUGCACUCUGUUGUUAAACACCUUUAGACGUUUUGCAAUUUCUCUUUCUAUGUAUCCUUCUUUCCUCAAUGUACAAAUCUUUACUUUUGUUUCUUUACUCAGUUGCUUCUUUCUAGCCAUUUUUGCUGUAGUUUGAACGCAGUUGAGAUUUAUCAGGAUUUUUGUAUGCAGACUCUCAAAAGCCAAAAAGUUGAAGUGAAUAAUCCAAAUUUGAUUUGUUUUUUUGCUUUGCACUGAAGUUGUGACUCUUGCAAAUGUUUUCAACCCUAAAACUAAGCCCUUACUAUCUUUUGCUGACAUAUAUUUAGCAAUGGUCUGUUAACAUCAAUCUAUAUCUAAAAGUAAAUGGAGUAAAAUGGUGCAUUUCCAUGAAAGCAACAUCUGAUCAUGGAGUAAAUACAUCCCAAAAUACAUACAACUCAUGCUGGAUUUUUUAAAAAGCAUUGUGAACAAAAACUUGAAGUUACUCCUAACUGUUCGGCCUGUAAUGGCCUUGCUUCCAAACUUUUGGCCUGUAGUGUAUAUCGAAAAUUGAUUUCCCUAAAUAUUAAUAUAAAACAUGGUCAAUAUCAUUUUCGAUAGUCGGCAUUCUGCCAUGUUUUGGUAGACUAUACCAAUAGGCAAUGAAAAGGGGAGUUGCUCCGGUCCACUUUGCGCUGAACCAAUCGUGCUGAAAUAGAACCAAGUAGCAAACAACUGUGUUGCAGCAGCUCCAUGCUACCAUAGCACUUUAACAUUUAAAGCCAACAGCACUGUUGUUGAGAAAAAAAGAAAAUGAGUGCUACCCCCGGCAGAAAUGCAGAUGAAGGCUCAAUAGAUGAUGACAUUGUCAAUGGUUUGGAGGUAUUUAUGUUUUUUGAGGUCAGACAUGAAGCAGAGUAAUGUGCACUGCAAAUUAUGUCGUGUACAUGUUCUCACAAAGUUGGAGAAUACCUCAAAUUUUUUUCCCACCUGAAGCAGUGCCAUGCGGCAGAGCACAUGCAACACAAACUGUCACAAACCCUGAGCAAAAUAGGGAGCCCAUAGCGCCUGUGCAGCCAAAACAGCCGACCAUUCAGUCUGCCUUCUCUAGUGCAAUGCCUUACAACAAAAUGUUGAAGAGACACAAAGACCUCACGGAUGCAGUAGCUUAUUUUAUUGCAAAAGACACUCUACCAAUAAGCACUGUUAAAUUCCAUUUUUUGUAUUGUGAUAUCAACUGAUACGAAAAAAAUAAAUCGUGAUAAACCCUAACCCAAAUUGCCCAGCCCCAGGCAGUAUAAAGAAAAUGCAUGGUUUAAAUGAGGGCGUUAACCAGAGUUCUUUUUUGAUGAAAUGUCUGAACUUCUCCAUGAAUUUUUCAAUCAUAUGAACUUUACUAUGAAUUAUUUACAGAGCUAUAGGAUAUUUAAGUUGACUCACCAUACACAGUACAAUUUGUUUGCCACUUCAAUGUUAGCAGAAGACAGAUGUAAAUUAUUGUUUUACUCAAGUAUUUCUGCUCCAUGAAUCCAGAGGUGUUUCAUCAUGUUGGUCGUGCAGCCUCCUAGUGUUGUUUUCGUUGACAAUGACGUUGACGAAAAUAUUUUUGUGACAAAAAUAUUUCGUCGCCGCACAUUUUUUUCCACAACAAAGACGUGACAUUGACGAGCUAAACAUCAGUCUUAGAUUACUAAAAUGUGAUGAGACGAAUGUGCAUUUACGUUGACGAGACUAGACGAAAACGUUAGUGGUGGAUGACAAACAGAGUUGCAAAAUUCAUGAGCAUUUUGUCGGUCAAACGCUAAACAUAUAGGAGCAGCUUCAGUCCACUCUGACUGCUGUCAUCAGCCCGCUGUGCUCCUCCAACACACACACACACCAGUGUUGUUUUCGUUGACGAUUAUGUUGCCAACAUAAUCGUCAAUGAAAACAACACUGCAGCCUCCAUAGUACGAUACAACUGUGUUGCAAAUUGUGUAGUGAGAUGACAGUUCAUUCUUUUGGGUAGAGUUUAGCAAAACUUUUUACUGCUGCCGCUGUGGGUUACAAUGUGCGCUCUCUUUCUCUCUCUCUCUCUCUCUCUCUCUCUCUUUGUGGCUUCAUCUUAUGUGCUUCGUCUUCGUUGGUAUUCGUAGGGUUCCCACAAGGUCUUAAAAAGUUUAAAAAUGUUCAAAAAUCAGAACUUAAAAUUCAAGGCCUUGAUAAGUCUUAAAAACACCCAAAUUUUUAUCCAAGGUCUUAAAUUUAGUUUAGUCUGGUCUUAAUUUUUUAGUUUUGUUUGUUCCUGAAAAGCGUUGGCUGCAGAAAAUACAUUGAGUAAGAUGCCGUAAUCAGAAAUCCAUUUUGUGUAGUCUGUCUUUCUUAGGGGCUCAAAUAGCUACUGGUGUGGGUGGAUGGUCAUUCAACUACAAAUCCCCUGAUAACUACAUUCCAGUUUAUAAUAUUUGCAGCAUGUUUUUGACCCCUGUGUGUUCAGAGUCACGUCUGCUGCUUUCCAUAGAAAACAGGGGCAAGUGUUUUUUCAAGGAGUCUUGGCUUAAAAUCUGUGAUUUUUGAUGUUAGUUGUAAGUGGUCCCAAACAAUUAACACCAGGCUCACUGUAAACUUUGCUGGAGGACCAUCCAGUUAGGGACCUUCGGUGUGAAAGUGCUAUGGUCUCACUCAAAGGCAGAGAAACACCAGCUCGCCAUAUAAUGUGACCACUGAAAAUUUCCAGCCAAAAUUAGCAAAUUAGCAUUUUCGUUUUUUGUCCCAAACUCUUUUCUCACCAAAACAACACGGACGAAACAGAUGUUGUGAUGAUGCAAGCAAAAUCUGUGACCAGCACACACUUGUCUGGAUAAUGGCCAACAUCUCUGUAGUGGGGACAUAUUUCAGUAUAUCUGAGAACUACGGAUAGCGAUUAGCAUAGCGUGUAGUGCCAAAUUCUCAAAAGGGGGUGCAUCUGCAAACUGUUUUUUCAUAUGAGGUUUAAUUUAAAAUCCAAACAUCCCGAUCAUCAUUCUGAAUAUGAGAAGCACGCGGCACAGAACAGGAAGACCCCUCUGAGCACUCCGUCUAUGGUAGAUGUUGAGGCCAAAUACACACGUGGGCAUUGGGGGAAGUUUCACUUCUUCUCACCUUUGAUUCAUAACUUAAACAUAGAUCAACAUUCCACGCAAACUCAUGCUCAGCUCCUGCUCUCAGCUGCUUGAAAGAAAACAGUGAUGCUACCUCUUCUAGCCUCAUCUCUGCUGCUUAUCACAGCACUUCUCCUCCAAGAAGUUUUUGCCCCUGUCUCUCAGGUGCCAUCAAGAGGUGUAAACCACACAGAAUAUGCAGCAACAAACACUGACUCAAAAACUCAAAACUCGUGUUACAAUUGCAUAAAUUAAUCAGGGUUCCCACGUGUCCUGGAAAAUCUGGAAAAAGCUAACCACUUUUCCAGUACUGGAAAACACCUGGAAAAUGGGAGAAAAAGGGAAGUGUCCUGGAAAAUUAUUCUAACGGUACAAGAAAACCGUCUAAUCUGGCAACACUGGUCGGGCAGAAAGGGGGUCUGUGCCUCAAAACUUUCACUGCAGGCUGAGAGCUCAAUUGCUAUACUAUAGCUAGUAGCAGUGCAAACUUCCUAUGGUGAAAACAAAAAGAGCAACACAGCUGCACAGAAACAGCACAUUGUAGACAUUUCUGAUCACAAUAGACACUGCUAUGCUAGAAGACAGUUUAGACUUUUUUAAACCACUAAGUGACCUUCAAACAUAGAGUGCACAUUGUUAACCGGUGCCAUUUUUCCAGAGUUUACGGUAAUGUUAUUGUUGACAUUUUAGCUUGCACUUAUCUCUCUUGUCUGUCUGUCUUUCUUGCUAACUGAGCUGCGGUCACAAUUCCAAGUCUGUAUUCUGCUAUGAGCUCAGCAAUAGAGAGAGUAAAAUACAACUAUUUCAUACCUUAAAUAAACGCCAGUUGACAAAAAGUGUUUAUAAACUCGUAAAAAAUAAAACGUGAAAAAUGUGUUCAUAAUGGUCUUGGAGGGUCUCUAAUAGGGCUGCACCUAACGAUUAUUUUUUAUUAACCGAUUAAUAAAAUCAAAAACGUGUCCGAUUAGUAUUCAGUUCACUGAUUUAUUCAAGAAUCUCUUGAAAUGAAACAAAAGAAAAAGCAGUGAAUUUUUAUCAAUGCUUUUUUGAAUUCACAAAGCACUUAACAUUGCUUUUUAGCUUAUUUAAAGUCAUCUGUAAGUAACACUCAGCCAAAAGCUUGAACUUUGUGCUGGGCGACAUACUGUGAACCGCGGUAUACCAUUUUCGGAUAACCAGCCUGUGGAUGCACCAGCCUAAUAGGUUAUUGUUGCUUUGUAGACUCCCUUACCAGAUGCAUGCUUAUCUUACUCAUAGUUACAAUGACUGUCAAGUAACAAUAAAUAACUUUCAUACCAUCUUUCAUUUAAUAGCAAGAAAGUCAGUGCCACACAACCAGUUGUGAUACUAUUGCAAUAAAAAAUAUUUGGAAAAAAUAAUUUGCAAAAAAAAUAAUUUGUACCAUAAAAUGUAUUACAAUAUUGCAUAAGUGAAAUUCCUGGCUGGGAAUUAUAGGGCUCGAAAUUAUUUUAAUUAUUAUUAUAUAUAUAUGUAUAUUUAAUUGUUUCCCUUUCAUUUCCUAGAAACCCUGGAUAUGAUUCUAGGACAGCAAAUAUGUUUUGUUGUAAAAUAUGUUAUGUAACAACGAUGGCUAUAGUAAAAAAAAACAAAAAUAAUGAUAAUAAUAGAAAUAAUAGGGCUCGAAAAGGCACAUUAUGUCGCAAUGCAUUGUGGGCCACGGUGGGCAUUAUGCUGGCAACAGUGUUUGUUUACAUUGCUGAGUAAGACACAGCGCUAGAUAACAGGGUUUCCCCACAUGCAAUCGAUCGAGGCGCACUGCCACGGUUAAAUAAAAGCAGCCACACCUUAAAAAUGAGUUAUUUUCUUAAGUAGAUCUACCUCGGACUCAUACGUAUCAGUAUACAUUUUUGUGGCUGAACUCGAGUGCGCCAAGUAGAAGCAUUAGGGAGAUAUCAUUGGCGAUCACACUGCUGAUUAAUUAGCGAGUUAUUGGACAGAUAAAAGCACAAAAGUGAUGCUUUAACUCCGAGCUAACUGCUUAAAGUGAAUUGACUAGAUGGGAUGUAACUGCUUGAAGUGAAUGAAUUAGAUAUGAGAUGCAGGGCGUAUAAUGCAGCGUUCACUGCGGUUAAGUAUGAUUGACAGGUCACUGCAUAUCUCCUUGAAUGAAAGCAGCGCAGUCUUGGAAAUGUGAGUGAGGAAUCCAGGAAGAACACAUCUAUUGAUUGAGAGGCAAUGCUCAUAGAUCAUGCUAAAGUAGGUUUUAAAUCGACCCCAUUAGGAGGAGCUUGUUUGCCGUCCAUGCUUCCACCAUUACCUGAAGUAGCCUUUGUCUACAUCAUUAUGCAACACUUCGAUGCAUGUUUUUUGCGUCAACGAAUUUUUGUAGUCCAUUACGUGGACUACAUCGAUAAAUCGGCCCAGCCCUAGUCUUAAAUUUAACUUACUGAAACCUGCAAAAACCCUUCAUUCAGUAGCUUCCUCUUUGUUCGUGUUUAGUGGCUUCUUCUUCCUUAGUGUUCGGCGGCUAUUUCUCCUGGUCAGUGGACGCAGGCAUCAAAACUUGGAAUCAAAAUUUAAAAACUUGAACGGUGCCGGGAGAAUCGGAAUGUUGGAUCCCGGUUCCCAUCAAUGCUUGAGACUCGAUGCCCAACCCUAAUGAGUGGACAGGAAAAAAGAAAGAUGUGACCUGACCUCCACAAUGUCACCACUCAAAAUCACUUAUUUUGAUUGAUAUUAAUAUCAUGAUAAGUAAAAUGGUUGCCCCUAAGUAAUGUCUGCAUCUCACUCAUUUUGGCAGGUUUCAACCUGUAAAUCUUUAAACUCUGAAAAUACCAGUAAGAGGGUGUUUAGCCCCAUUUUUUUUAUUUACUAAAGCAUGUCUGUCUAAUUUAAGAAUAUGAAACUUUUAAAGUCAUAUGUAUGACUGACAGGCCAUAAAGUAGUGAGGUAUUUUUACACUCAUAAAAACUGAUGAGAGCUCUUGCUGGUAACAGUUGAUCACAGGCUGCACAUCCAACGAGUCAUUCUGUAUUUUCUUUGGCCCUUUUCUUGACUUCAUUCAUACCAUAUCAGUGUCAGUAUUCAGUCUGAUCUCUUAAACUUUAUCAAUUUAUCUACGGUCUGAUGUGAUCUAAUGUGACCUUUGACCCCUGCAGUUGUUAGAUCAAAGGUCACUGAGGGUGGACAUCGCAGAGGGACGGAGACAAGAGCGAGGAGGGGGCUUCGGCUUCAAGAAAGACGAUGGGAGAGGUAAAGUUUGCGCGCUGACUCACUGUGCAUAGAGUUGCAUGUCACUCUUCAUCCUGCCAUCAGCUCAUCUUCACCUCAAGCCCUGCCUCAUUUUAAUUUUCUCUUUCUUUGAUUGGUCCAGACACACAGACAGAGAAAAUGAACUGAAACUAGUGUGUUAGAUUUCACCUCCUUCAGUCAGCGUAGCUCCUAACAUCUCCUCUCUGAUUGGUUGAUGAGCAACUAACAAGCUCCACCUCUUCAGUGCUGUGCUUCCUACUUCUUCCAAAAGGAGGUGCCACCUCCGUCUUCCCUGUUCCCUCCUCUUCUCUCUUUUCUCCUCUUUUUUCCUUUCCUCCUUUUUUCCUUCCCUUUUUUCUUCUCUCCUCUUUCUCUGUCCCUCCCCAACCCCUCCUCUCUCCUCCCCUCUUGUUUUCUUUGCUUGUUCUUCUUGUACUCUUCUCCUUAGUUUCUCUCCAUCUUGUUCUCCUUUCUUGUCCCCUGUUUUCCCCUGUUUCUUCUCUUUCCUUCUCCCUCUUUUCCCCAUUUUAUUUCAUUCCUUGUCUCCUCCAGUUUUUUUCUUUUCUGGUCUCUCUUUGUUUCUCAUUCUCUUUUUUCCGCUCUUGUUUCUGUUGCCUCCCAUUUUCUUUCUAUUUCUCCUUCCUUCUUUCCCUCUCCGUUUAUUGCCCUCUAUCCACAUGUCCUUGUAGUACUCCACUUUCUCCUCUAUUUUUCUCUCCCUCCUCUCCUCUCUCCACCUGCCUGUCUCUCUCUCUCCCUCUCCUCCGCUUUUUGUUUCAGCCCCCCCCCACCACCACCUUUGGUUGUUAAAUUCCCCCUGUCCUCUGCAGGACGAGGAGGUCAGAGAGGAGGUCACAGAGGAGGAGGAGGAGGAGGACGUGACAGCCGUGAAGACUUCGACCACCAAGGAGGAGGUGCGGUCAGAGAGUUCAGCAGCUCAGAUUGGGCGGCAGCGGACCAAUCAGAACACUGCUGAGCUGCAGCCAAUCAGAAAGCAGAGCAGUUUCCCUGAACUAACGUACAAAAAUCUGUAAAAACGAAGAAAAAAAAAGUGACACAAAUUUCCCAUAAACUGAAGUUCAGCUGUGGACAGCUUCGUCAGAGGAGAAAUGUUUGAAAUAUUGAAUGUUAAACCAACAAAAAUGAAGGAGAAAAAAACAGGAAACAAGCUCUAAGACUUAGAAGGUGUAAACAAAACAAAGUACAGUAUAAAUUGCUUAAAUAAACCUUUAAAUGAUUAAGUAAAACUUCAAAAUCUCAAGAAUUAAUAUAAUUGUUGUAAUUCAUUCUUCUCUAUUUUAUUAAGAAUUAAUAUUUGUGUAAUUAUUUUUUUUAGGAACAUUGUUUGUUUUAUUUUGAUGACUGAGUGGAUCUGAAAGCAUGUUAAUUUUUUCAUUAUUAUCAUUACACAUGCUAUCGUUUGAUAGCAUGUGUUUGGUAGCAUCGAUAGCAUCGUUACACAUGCGAUAGUUUGAUAUCGUCCUGCUCUCUAUCAGGUGAUUCACUGUUUAAUUUUUAACUCAUGCAAAGUAAUUUUAGAGUUCGUUGUUGGAUUCACUCUAAAGAAAAUCCGUGUAUUUUUAGAUUCAUACCCCUGAAGCGAGCCAGAGUGAAGCCUCUGUGCAACUAUUUCCAACUCUAUCUACAGUGACUCUGAGACUCCACACUCACUCAAGAACAGAGAUAAGAUGGGGCACAUAUAUUUAGAAGAAACAAAAACGGGCACCAUUGACCUUUGAACCUCCUCAUAGCUUGGCUCCGCCUCAAAGAGCUGCUGGACCAUGCCCCUUUUUUUUUCCCCAUCAUGCCUUUCACCUGGACCAUCUCAUGUCCAUUGGUCACCUUACAGGUUGGAGGCGCUGUGGGACACCUGUGGACAUGUCUGUCUGCUGACUUACCUUUCCGUCCACCUGUCUGCCUACCUGUAUGUCUCCACAGGUUAUGAUGACUUCGCAGGAGGGCGGGGUCGAGGUGGCGGCGGUCGUCCUGGUGACAGAAGGGGGGGAGGUCCCGGAGCGGGUCGCUUCAGGGACGGACGCGGAGGACCGACAGACUUCAGGGAACCAUCUGAAGGUGAGACCAUUUCCUGUCAGAGGGCAGAGCUUCUGUCAUCAUGUGUUCAAUAUCAAGCCAGUGAGACUGAAGAAAUAGUGGCCAUCCCACCAAUCUUUGAUAAGAACACUAAUAAAUUAUGAAAAACAAGAGGGUUGUGAUUGGUGAAGACCACCACAGGUACAACACCAGAUCCAAGAUAAACAUCAAGAUCCUGAUCUACUAAGAUCCUUAAUAACAAGCGCAAAGUUGCAUUUGCAAACUAAAAAGUUGCAUGUGUUGUCAGUGGGCAUGUUUCGGGUGAUCUACUAUGAUUGCAUGCGCAAUACAUGACAGCUGGUGCACAUUGCCCUAUUAAAAUGAGGAUUUUGCAUGCGCUACCAGCUUUCAUGAUAAAGAGUUUUGGAAGCAGAGUGGUCAUAGAUGAAAAAGUUUGAAGUCAUGGAGUUGGAGGUCUUGGUGGAGGAGGCAAAUGAAUGCACUGUUGAACUUCAGCAGAGACAUCUUCGUGAAAAAGUGAAUGCUGUGAGAAAACCAGAUGAUCUGCUGUUUAAAUAAAAAGAAAAAGGAAAAAUAUCCACAGAAGAACACAUGAAAAACUUUCUCUGAAUAAAACCUUCACAAAUGAAACCAGUGGGAGACCGGCAGAAAUCAACCCUUAGGCCUGGGGUGCCCAACCAGUCGAUCGCGAUCGACUGGUAGAUCACGGACUAAUUCUCAGUCGAUUGCGAAAAGUAGCCUUGACAGCGUAAAAAAAAAGUGUUUUUGGUAAUUUUAAUUGGCUAUUUUUCUCAUGGCUGUUGCCUUGCCAGUACCAUGCCCCCACUCCGUUGCAGCUGUAAGGUCAGGUCACAACAUGUGUGUGCUGCAGCCGUUGUUUACUAAGCUAGCAGCGAUAGAGAAAUGGCCGGGGAAAAAAGACCGAAAACUUAUCAUUUUCAACCCAGAGUGGGAUGAGGAUUUUUUUUUUUGUCCACUCAAACUCGAAGACCAUCUGUCUCAUCUGCAAAGCCAGCGUGGCUAUACCAAAGAAGGGAAAUCUGGAAAAGCAUUUUAAGUCACUGCACCAAAAAUAUGAGACAGACUUCCCUGCCAAAUCCGAGCUACGCUUGCAGGAAGUGCAGGAGUUGAAGACGCAGCUUGCAGCCCAGCAGUCUUUUUUUACCAGACCCAACACCAAGGGUAAGGCUGCUACCAUAGCAUCUUACCGUGUUUCUCGCGUGCUUGCUAAACACAAGAAGUCUUUCAAGGACGGUGAAGUUGUUAAGGAAGCCUUCAUUGAAGCCGCGGACGCACUUUUUGGUGACUUAAAGAACAAAACGGAGAUCGUCUCCACUAUAAAGGACAUGCAGUUAACACGGAAUACUGUCACACGAUGGUGCGAGGGAAUGGCAGAGGAUGUUGAAACACAGUUGAAGGACAUCGAUGGAUGUGAGUGUUUCUCCCUCCAGUUUGACGAGUCAACUGACGUGGUGGAUGUGCCACAGUUAUGUGUUUUCAUCAGGAUGGUUUUUGGAGACAUGUCGGCAAAAGAACUACUGACAGUUUUGCCUUUGAAAGGACACACAAGAAGUGAAGAUAUUUUUAACACUUUAAUGGACUUUGUUAAAACGAACAAACUGCCCCUUCUCAAGCUGAUCUCCAUCACAACUGAUGGUGCGCCAGCCAUGGUGGGCCGCACAAGUGGGUUCAUUGCAUUGUGCAAACAGAGUGAAUCUUUCCCUGACAUCCUUAAUUACCACUGUAUUAUACAUCAGCAAGCAUUGUGUGGGAAGAUUUUAAACAUGAAAGAAGUGAUGGAUGUUGUUAUGAAGAUUGUGUGCUCUGCCUGGGCCAGGAGUGUACAGAGAAGAUUAUUCCGCGCUCAUUUGGAGGAGACUGGCGCAGAACACACUGACCUGCUGCUCCACACAGAUGUGAGGUGGCUAAGCAGAAGUAAAUUUUUGGCCAGGGUCACUGAAUUACUGCCAGAAAUGAAAGAUUUCCUGAAACUGUCUCAGCACACAGAGCACAUUCAGCUGGAGGACUCCCAGUGGCUUUUGGAUUUAACAUUUCUGACAGACAUUACUGACAUGCUUAAUGAUCUGAAUUUAGAGCUCCAGGGUAAGGAUAAACAUGUUAUCAACAUAAUCAGUUCAGUAAACACAUUCAAAAGCAAGCUGUAGCUGCUUUUAAAUCGGCUGCAACGCUGUGACCUGCGAAACUUUCCUCACAUGCAAGCAGAACUUCAGCGUCAGGGUAAAAACUCUGCACAGCUUGAUGGAGCCCAUGAUGGAGAGCAGGUUCAGAGCAUCCUGUCAGAAUUUGAGAGGCGUUUUACUGACUUUGUAUCCAUUGAGCCUGUCGCCAGUUAUCUGUGUUUUCCUUUUGUGGAGGAUAUUGAUGUGGAUUGCAUUGCCUCCAAAGUAGCAUCACUGUUUCACCUGGAUACAGCUGCAGUUAAGAAUGAGGUUCUCACACUGCAAAGUGACAUUGAGGUCAAAUCCAGGGCAACAUCUGGCACUAAAGGAGACUUCUGGCACUUACUACUGGAGCAAAAGUAUCCCAACCUCAGAAGAUGUGCCCUCAACCUGACCGCACUUUUUGGAUCGACCUAUUCGUGUGAGGCUGCAUUCUCUCACAUGAAGAUCAUCAAGUCCAAGUACAGGUCCACAAUGACAGAUGACCACCUGGUGGCCUGCCUGAGACUUGCAACCAGCUCUUACUACCCUGACUAUGAGCAACUUGCUUCCUCCUCCCAGUGCCAGAGGUCCCACUAAGGUAGAAAAUCAUUUAAAUGUAACGUGUAAUGUGUUGAUUUCUUGUGUGCAGCAGUGUAAACACUCCAAAUAUGUUACUGAUAGGUGUCGGCAAGCACUAUGAAUGUCUGUGUUAAUAAAAGUAGAUUGCAACAGACUUCAAAUGUUUGAAAUAGAUCUUGGUUUAAAAAAGGUUGGGCACCCCUGCCUUAGGCCUUCCAGCAGCUCAAAAAUGGCAUUGGUGGAUGGACAAUAUGUCUGUACUGUUUUUAUUUCUGAUAGUCCAAAUAUGUUGGGAUGUGCACAGAACAUUCUCUCUUUGUGUUGUCUGUCAUUGCUCCUAUGCCUCCAUCUUUCCACAAUGACCUCAGCCAUUUGUGCGUAACUCUGUUCCAGUUUGUACCCGCCUUUCUGACAUGCUAAAUUAAGACGCUAAAACACUGACCACAAUCAGUUUGAGGGUUUAAUAAAUCACAUUUGGGGGUGCCAAAUGUUCGUUGAACAGUUAACUUAUGGCAGCAAUCAAUCGGGAGCAAAGGAGCAGGCUUAAUGCUCUGGUUUGGUUUGCCUGUGAGUUGACAGGUGUGACAUGGUUUAAUAUGAGUUGCUAUAUCCCUCUUCAAGGAAGGCCAAAAGAAGUGCCUGAGGACCAGGUUAUAAGUCCCCCCCACCCCUGCCCACUCUGUGUUAUUAUGAGCAAGUUCCAACACAGACUCAUGGAAUUUAGCAGGCACAACAAUUUAGAAAAUGGGGUCUCCAACCAAAUCAUCUCCGUAAGGCACCCAAUGUCACACCAUGUCAAACAAACCCUCUAGAGAGGAAUCUGCACACAGCUCCAAUCUCAACUCUUCCUGCGAAAGCGCGAGGGGGACAAGAGAAAAGUACACUGAAUCUGACACCUUACCUCUAACUUUUACUAGAGGUGUCCUGAAACAACUUUUUUACUCCCGAUACAAUACCGAUAUUGUAGCCUUCCGUAUUGGCUGAUACCAAUUUUGAUCCGAUAAUGGCACAAACUUAUGCAUGACAGGUUUUGCACUCAUCUGCAAAGUCUUGUUCAGACUUAAACGAAAAACUGCCAUACGGCCUAUAUCACUCCUACUCUUUUUUACUUUGUAAGUAACUAAGUACACACUGUUGGUGUGGCAAACCCCACUUCCUAACCUGCAGGGAAGACAAGACACCAGGAAGAGUGUAACACACAAAUACAAGCGAGCAUUAGAGGUAGGCAGUUCCCAAAGCUGACAGUGAAAGUUUCCCAAUAACUACAGAGUGUCUGCAGGAUCUUAAAAGUAUUGUGCCUAAAUCAAUUUAGCAACUAUAAAGGCUUUUAAAAAUUAUUUGAAAUUAAUUUUACCAUGACCAAGAGUUUCAAAGUAAACGUUUGAUUUUAUUCCAUGCUUUGUGUUUUGUUUAGAUUAGAGGGAUUUAUCCUGAGUAAUAAAACAGACAUGAAAACGUGCCCUAAACUGACUAGAUAACUCAAGUUUUCACAAAUGUCAAAUGGUUAAGCUUUGAAAUCUUUGAAGCCUGUCAUUAAAAUCUACUGUAACAUAUUGCAGUUCAGUAAUGUGAGUUUUUUCAGCUGACAUAACCAGUUACAGCUCAAAGUAGCUUUCAGGGCUUAAAAUAUGUAAAUCAAGUUUAAAAAAGGGUUUUAAUGUCCUGCAUUCACCCUGUAGGACCAGCUUCGUGGAUCACUUAUUUUUGUAAAAGACAGUUGAGAGCGCACAGAAAUCCCUGACAGGUACAUCAGCUUUAUUGAGUAAUCAUCCAAAACUCAAUAGAAUAAACGAAAAAAAAAAUUUAAACUCACACAAUAUAGUGAUGUUCUAAAAAAGCUUCGUUCUGUCUCAAUUUUGCCUUAGUGUGUGAACAUAAUAGAAAGACUAAGAAAAAUAUUUUGAAUUUUGAGUCACAACAAGAAAGUGAGGAAUCGACUUUUAGUCAAACUGUGGCCCUGAGAAUCCAAAUCAAACUGAUUUCUGAGCGACAAAUGAUUCAUAGCCCUACCAUCCAAAGUUAACAGCUGCCAAUGCUGCUUCACACUGAGCUCACCCAGGGUGCCAUCAGCAGAUACACAGAUGCAUAGAAACUGCACACCGAGUCUGUAUGCAGUUUGACAGUUGAACACUUAAACAGACUGACUCCUGUACACCGGAAAGACUUAUGUUCUGGAUUUUCUGGUACAUUUUCUGUACUUUAUCCUUUUUCAAAAGUAAAAUACAGAAUUGCAAAUGAGUGUUAUUUAAUUUUCACUUUAACUCUGAUAGUUUUUUUUUUUUUUUUACAUCUUCAUAUCAGCAGGUGGACAAACUGCAAGUGUCGAGAAAAAAAAGUAAAGAAAACAAAGUGAAAUGAAAUUGGUUCUUUUCUUUUCUGUUUGUCUGUUUGUUUGUGCUGCACAGAGGAGCGUGCACAGCGGCCUCGGCUGCAGCUGAAGCCUCGGACCGUCUCUGAGCCAUUGAACCAGGUCGCCAACCCAAAUUCCGCCAUCUUCGGUGGAGCUAAGCCGCGAGAGGAGGUGAUCUCUAAGGACAAACCAUAAGAGACUGAAGGCCAUGAAGGCCAGAGGGAGGGGGAAGCGGAAGGUCAGGGGGGAGGGAGGGAAGGGCGGAGGGAGGGGGGAGGGGACAAGAGUGAACAGAUUGAGAACUUUAAUGAGGAAAAAUAAAAGAGAAAGAAAGAAACUGGAUGAGUUUAAAUGGCAUAGUUAGCAUUCCUUCCUGACUGACAGUGAUCAAGUGGAUGCCGCCCUCCUCCUCUUCUUCUUCUUCUUCUCCUUCUGCUUCUUCUUCUUCUUCUUCUUCGUCUUCUUCUUAUUCCUGUUUGAGUUCAGUUUGAGCAGAAUAUUUAUUCUUAGUCAGAACGAAAUGAAACACACUCUGACACUCUGAUGAAUAAUAAAUCUGUAACACAAACACAACGAGCAGCUUGUGAAUGCAUGUCCAAACUCUGGAUUUCUAAGUCCCGCCCCCUCACGGUCACCUCUGCUUACUGUGAUGUCAUACCUGCUUUGUCCUGUAGCCCUGCCCUUUCUCUACCGCUGGGUCGAAGGUCACCCACCAUUUACUCUCAAACAGAAUGAUGCCCAAUUGUUGAACCUGUCAGGAUGUUUUGGUUUUGUAUUUUGUAGUUUAGAUUUAGCCAUGCCCCCUCAUGCUGAUUGGUGGAGUCAGAGUUAAUAAUUUCCUCCUUUUUCUGCUCUUGCUUGUUGCCAUGGUGACUCAUCAAUCAGACUUUGAUCUAAAAAGUAUUUUCAGAUGAUGUUUCAAGAUCCUCUCACUAGCCACGUUUACAUGGGCAAAAUUUCUGGAUCCGAUUAAAAAUUUGAGGGAUCGGGUAAUCUAAAUCCACUGUUUAUAUGGGUGCAAAAUCAAAUAAUCUGAUCAUGACAUGCGUAUACAUGUACCGAGCUUUAUUUAGAUUAGAAGCAUUUGGACAUGCGCAGAGUUGUCUGAUUUUGCUAAAACAACUGCAGAAGAAGAGUUGUAUUGACGCCUGUGCUGUCAACAAACGCGGUAGUGGCUCGCUUCAUCCAAUUCAGGAUUUUUCACCCUGUUAAAUGUUGACACCAGAUGGCGGCCUUGGGUACUUAUUUUACUGUUCUGUCAAAGGUUGCAUUGUGCGUGCAGAUGUGACAUCAUUACGCUGUAGGCUAUGUAUGCCUUGUCAUGUUACUGGAGGAGCAGACACAGCACCUGUGGUCGUGUUUUAUGCCAGAGUGUUAAUAAUGAAACCUGCCUCAAUAAAUAAGCCAAAGGCUAAAGAGUGAAGAUUGAGUCAGGUAAAAGAGUCACGAUUGGAAUAAGUGUUUACAUGGAUAUAACGUGUUUCGGAAUAACCAUUGGCAUAAACCAACCCUCUCAAUCGGAAUACAAUUUCUUUCCGAUUGAGCCGAAUUGGAUCAGAAUCUUCUGAUCCACAUGUUUACAUGACGCAUUUUUAUUCCGAAAGGGCAUUUAUUCAAAUUAUUUGUGCCCGUGUAAACACAGCUAGUGUUUGAUUUGAUCUGCUCUUUGUUCUAGGGCUAAGUCUGUCUUCGUAAGCUCCUUCUUCUCUCUCAUUGGUUCGUCAAUCUGCUGACACCUGACACCUGGAAACAGAGCGAAGGGUUCAGAGAGGAGUAUUAAACUGUUAUUCACACUAGUUUUUUUCAUUGGAAAUGGCCUAAACAGGAACAAUAGAUCAUGGAGAGAAAGAACUGAUGCAUUUUUUAAACAAGAAGAAACAUUUUUUGAAAAGAUUUUGCCCAUUCAUUUUUCCUCUUCUAAGAUUUUUUUUAUCUUCUUGUCUUGCUUAUGUUCUUUGUCUGUUUUAUCAGAAACAGGAAGUUUGACAGUUGUGGUGGAUUGAAAAAAGGAGGUGAAGAAACACCCAAAGUCUCUCCAUCUUUCUCCUUUAUUUUCUCAUUUCUUUUCUCCAUCUUUUCUUUUUCCUCUCUCAGGCUCCCUUGAUUAACUUGCUGUCAUGUUUGUUUUUCAGCAACUGUUUUUUUUUGCCAAUUGAAAAGAUGUUCAGAGAGAAAUUAAUUUUCCUGAAGAAAAAGAAGGGAUAACAGAGGGAAAGAAACGAUGUGUGUGAAAUAAAAAGAGAAGAAAGACAGGGCAAGAAAUGUUUUUCUUCCCUGUUUGGCGCAAUUUUAAGUUUUCCCUCUCUUCUGCCUCCUUUUUCCUUCACCUCUUCCUGUUCUCCACUUCUUCCCUUCUUCCAUCUGUCUUUGUUUGCAGCCCUGAUUCAUUUAAAUCAGCAGCCACACACUCCUGACCAGAGGGUGGCGCUAACACGUCGCGUCGCCAACAGUAAAGAAGAAACUUAAAGGUUUUUGUGCUGUUUUUUUUUUUUCAUCCAUUCAUUUUUGUAAAAUUGAUUCUGCCCUACAAAGUCCAAAAGUCCAUGAAGUCUUUUCAGUUUGUGCUUUAACUUUGACCAACUUGAAGUUCCUGCUCUUGUACCUGUAGAAGGUGAACAACUGGUCCAGGUGAUCGCUCAGAGUGGAUCGGGUGAACAGUGUUUAAGCCUUCAGUCGCUGGUUUUUGGUCAUCUGUGUCACUGAUAAACAGUUUGAUUUGCUUCACUGUACUAUAGAAUAAAAACAGCUGUUUUAACUUUUUUGUUGUUAAAUUUUUCCUACACUGUUUAUGGCAAUAAAACCAUCAUCAUCAUCAUCGCCAUAUGUCAACCAGAAUGUUUUUGAUUUCAGGGUGGGGGGUGGAUUUUUUUUUCUUCUUCAUAAUGAAAGAAUAAAGAAUAAAGCUCGUUCUUAAAGGCCUCCUUUUUCUCUCUGGGGUGGAGGGAUUUUUUUUUAAUAGUGAAGCUUUGAUCUUGACAAUGAAAAACCUGACAACUCUAGGAAAAGUUAUAAGAAUUAAGUCGUAAUGUUUAUGGAGUUCAAAAACACCUUACAGAAAAAUAUAGAUUUUUAAAAUAAAUAUUCGAGAAAACAAGUGGCUGACUGCUCUGGGUCAUAGUUUAUGUGGACUUUCAAUCAGCUGAGAAAGCUGCAAUUCUUUAAAACACUGCUCUAAGGUCUUCCUCGUCCUUUGGAGUCUGAUUAAAUCCAGAUUAAUCAUACUGAUGACAUCUUUCUGUUUUAUUCCCCAUAAUAAGAGAUUGUUUCUCUUUCAAACUUUUUUUCUGGUAACUUUACUCAUGCUGCUUCACAGGUAUAAACUAUUGUCUGUAAUCAGUUAAUUUACAAUUCAAUAUGCAUAAUUCACAACUAUUUUCUUGUAAAUCUUCUUCCCUUUAUUCAUAAAUACAUAACUUAUUUUUCCAAACUUUGUUCCCAUAAACUUACUUUUUAAAAAUAUUUUUUCUAUAUCCUCAUUGUAAAUGUAGGACUUUUUCUUGCUAUACAACUCUACCUAUGUUAUUUUACAUUAAUUAUUUUACAAAUUAAUAACUUUAAAUGUGUGAAAAUCUGUUCUCCAGAGUUCAUUCCAGUCUCAAUGAAGUUUAUUUUUGGUCAGUUUAAUUUCCUAAAUGUUAUGACCUAAUUUACUGAACUUUAACUGUUUCCCUCAUAACUUUACUUUCUUUUGUGAACUAAUUGUCAGCAUAAAUGUUUGACUUUUUUCUUCUCCUGUAGAAUUAUGAUUUUGUUGAAAGUUUUUUCUGUGAACCUCCAUUUUUUUUCUUUUCCUUUUACCCCAAAAGAGCCCAAACCCUGUUGUCAGAUUAAGUCUGAUGACAAUAAAAAUAAAAUAUGAGGAAGAAUUCUGUUGCAAAA